UUUCGCGAUAAAAAAAAAUGAUUCAUAAAGGUGUUUUGUUUCAAAUUAUCGUUAAAACUAUAGAAUUUGAAAUAUGUAUAGUUAUUAAAACUAUUUUUAAAAGUUUAUGUUUUUUUGCGACGAGAUGUCUCGUGUUUCCUUGACUCUCCACCAUUCUUCCUGUGAGAGAAAUAUCAAUUUUGUCCUUCCGGGCUGACCGUAGUUGUGUCGACUGCAUAGUGAUCUGACUGUUUUGUAUAUGGUGCAGAAUGCUACUCUACCCGUUAAAACAAACUAUGCUGUUACCACAGACUCCAUAAAGCAUUAAUAAUCUCGAUCGAAGUGCGAACAUCCACCAUUUCAAAAUAAAGGACUGUCCCAUUUCACUUCUCAAUGGGUUUACUGAAUGCAAGUCAGCUUGCACUCAGGACUGCCAGGUGCUACCUGAGUCCCUUUUCAUCAUCAAAAUCAUGGAUUUCCACCAGAUCCAUUCCUCUGGAGGGCAGGAACAUCCUGCUCAUGGGUCCACCUGGAGCAGGGAAGACCACAGUGGGGAGGAUAGUGGCCCACAGACUGGGACUGCCUGUCAUUGAUGUGGAUGAUGAUGUCUUGGAGAUGACGUGGAAGAUGCCAGUGGCUGCCAAGCUGGCAUCAGUCGGCGGAGAGCGUUUCCUUGAGGAGGAGGGCCAGGCUUUGUGUAACUUCUCUGCCUCUGGCUGUGUUGUUUCCCUGACAGGCUCUAACCCUCUGCACAGUGAGGCGAUGCAGCACGUCAGACAGACCGGGCUGGUCAUCUAUCUGGACGUGGACAGUGAGGAUAUCAUACAGAGACUCACCAGGAUGAAGGUGAACAGGAUAGUGGGCCAGGAGGCAGGGGUGUCCAUGAGGGACAUUCUGAAGUACAGGAAGCAGUUUUAUGAGAAAUGGCUUGAUGUGCGUGUACUGUGUGGAACAGGAGACACAGUGGAGGAAGUGGCAGAGAAGGUGUUGAAGGCUGUGGAGAGAUAUCAAAAUCACGCUGCAGAAACCUAUGUGUCAACCAGGUGUGCUAAUGUGCGAUCAUCUAAUCAGAAAACUCACUUCAGUGAUGUGGUUGUAGAGGGUCUGGCCACAGAUGGAGGCCUCUAUGUUCCUAAAAAUGGCUUCCCAAGGAUUGAUGCUCGCGAAUGGCUGAGAUUAGCUGGCAUGUCAUACCCAGAACGAGCAUUAGUUUUACUUGAAAAGUGCAUACACCCGUUGGAUGUCUGUGCUUUGGAUCUAAGGACAAUGGCGUUCAAGGCGUAUGGGUCGAACUUUUCCAGUGAGGCAGUUGCACCUGUAAAACACCUCAACCACAAUCAGUAUGUUCAGGAGCUCUUUCAUGGCCCCACCGCCUCAUUUAAAGACCUCGCCUUGCAGCUGAUGCCCCAGCUCUUUGCCUACUGCCUCCCACCGAUGUGCAACUACCUCAUCCUGGUGGCCACAUCUGGAGACACUGGGAGCGCGGUGCUCAGUGGCUUCAGCAGGCUCAGCGGGACCGACAGACACAGGACCGGCAUGCUGGUGUUUUUCCCAGAGGAAGGGGUGAGUGAGAUUCAGAAGCUCCAGAUGACGAGCUAUAGGGAGGGCAACGCCAGGGCCGUCAGCGUCCAGUCAGACUUUGACUUCUGUCAGAGAACCAUCAAGAGGAUGUUUGGAGAGUCUGGGCUGACAGGGCACCUCGCUGUGGAGUACGGCACAGUCCUCAGCACCGCCAACUCCAUCAACUGGGCACGGCUGUUGCCACAGGUGGUCUACCAUUCCUCAGCCUAUCUGGACCUGUGCAGAGAUGGUGUUAUCAAGUUCGGGGAGCCCAUUGAUGUUUGCAUCCCCACGGGGAACUUUGGGAACGCCAUGUCAGCUGUGUACGCCAAGCAAAUGGGCAUCCCGAUAAGAAAAGUCAUCUGUGCAUCCAACCACAACCGCAUCAUCACAGACUUUAUCACCACAGGCGAGUACGAUCUCCGAGGACGGACGCUGAUGCUCUCCCAAUCCCCAGCUAUAGAUAUUCUGAAAUCCUCCAACCUUGAGAGGUUUAUCUACCACGUCUCAGACGGAGACGGCUGUCUUGUCAAGGACCUGUUCACACGCUUAGACCGGCAGCAGCAUUUUCAGGUUCCUGAGCCUCUUCUUGGCAGGAUACAGCAGGAAGUGCUGGCUGGCUGGUGCUCUGAAGACGACUGCUUGGCCGCCAUCCAGAGCGUUCACAGACAAACGGGCUAUGUCAUGGACACACACACCGCCGUGGCCAAAGUCGUGGCUGAUAGGCUGCAGGACGGUUUGUGCCCCGUGGUGCUUUGUUCCACUGCUCACUAUGGGAAAUUUGCUCCCGCUGUGUUCAAAGCUUUGCAAAUCAGAAAUAUUCCAGAAGAUCCUGUCGAGCAGCUGAGGAAGCUCGGAUCGACCGCGUCCAGGCCAGAAAUGCACAGAGACAUGAUGACGUGCCUGAGGGAAAGUAGCAGGAGGAGACACACUGUUUGUCAGGCAGAAUACAGUGUGUUGGUAGAGGAGGUGGAGAACAUGAUACAGGAUUCCUUCUUGAAAGUUAUGUAGGAUUAUUUUAACUUGCAAGAAAUUUAAACAGAAAAGGAAAUAAAUGAAAACUACCAGAUUUAAUCAGCUGAGGUCAUAAAUCUGAUUUUAAAGACAUCACUUAAAAGGCUGAAUCCUGCCUGAGCCUGCAGGACUGAAAACACAUUCACCUUUAUUAUACUGUAAUAGAGCCCUAAACUGUUUUCUGGCCUAUUGAUUAUGCAACAAUUCUUUACAUCAUUAUCUGGAGCCCUGGCCCACUAGGUGGGGAUGUCUGCUUAGCCACUGCUGUGUGGGAACACUGGUGCCAGCAAAUCAGUAACAGUAUAUGUGUGAUUUAAAAUCAAUAUCUGCAGUCAGGGAGAUAAUAAUGUUCUUAAAGUUAAUUGUAUAUGUAGGCGCUGAGAGUGUAUAGUUUCAGUUUUAAGUAUCUUUCUAACUGUACUGUAACUCUAAUCAAUACACAUUUUUUUAUUGAUUGGAAAAUUACUUUUAAUUAUAACUGUUUUUAAUUUAUCAUUUAUCAAAAUGUGCCUUAAUACUGUUCUGUGCUGGUGUUAAAAAAAGCUGAGAGGCUGAUACAGUGAUACAGCACAGUGUAUCUCUCAGCUAAUGAAUUGAUCUCUGUGAGGUUCACAGUCUAGUAAUUGCCAGGUGAAGCUUGAGCAGCUUAUUAACUACCUCACUGACGGUAGAAAGGCUUUAUUUUUUCACAAAGAAAAUCUUCAGAAAAGACUGUUGAUUCCUGUCUUAUUUUGUACAGUAUGAAAUCAGUAGUUUGACAUUUUGGGAAAUAUGCUUAUUCUCUUUCUUACUGUGAGUUAGAUGAGGAUUGAUGUCACUUCCUCAACUCUUGACAUUUGACAGAAACAGCUAAAUGUUCUCAGUGUGACAGUCCUUUGGUCUCUAAUGUAGUUAAUAUAUAUUUAAAUGUUACUGUAUUCUAAAGCUGAAUGAAAUGAUCGAAAUGCCUGUUAAUGUUGUACAUUGUGCAGAGGAAGUGGCUCAAAUUUCAGGAGGCCAUGUUUCGUCCUGACUUCAUCAACAAGGAAGGGCACUGUGACCCUGGAAACUCGUGAAACAACAGUGAUCCUCUUCUGCUAUUCACCUCAUACAAGGCACAAAAGAGGAAACAAACCUUCAGCUUGAGGGAAAAACUGACUCUAUGUAAGAUAUUUCUGUAACUGUUUUACUUUGUUUCAUACUGAAAAUGUUAUAUUUUGA